AUGAAUUUACUAGCACUUCGUAAGAAACAGUUUCUAGUUUUAAACCGAUUUUUAAUUUCACAUUUUAUCAAAGAAACGCUGGACAAGUAUGCUCAUCUCCUAAACAUUGAAGACGAUAAUUUCGAUUCCAAAGCCAUCCAGUUCAUGGAAACAGUAUUGAAAAGAUCACACUCAAGCAGGCUACAGUUUAAGACGGUCUGUUGCAUCGUAACCAAAUUUUUAAAGUGUUGCAAUGAAAACAUUAUGGGGUCCAACUACAUGAGACAUCUGAAAUACGAUUUUUUGAAAUUGGUAGUAGCAUCAUUUGUACUAAGUGUUCCCAACAGAACCAAUGAUUAUGGCCAAAGACUAAUUACAAGGGACCACUGCUAUGCGCUUUUCAGUAGGGUGACAGGUCUUUCGCUGGACGAAGUGACUAACUGUAGUUCCAUUGUACGUGCGGUACUAAUCCAUAACCAUCCUGAGAGGGAGCAGGACUCACCUAACUGGUCCCAUUUAAGAGAAGAAGGUUACGUGAAGACUACAGAAAUUGAACAAUUUGAUAGGGCAUCAAAGAAAAUGGUUCAGGAAUAUUUCCAACUAUUCUAA